GUGUCAUAAAUAAUAUUAAAUACAGCCUUGGUGACCUGACGUCCAAUUGGGUGAUACAUGUUUCUUCUUGUCUUGACACUCAUACUAGAGGCUAGGAACUGAUACUGGUGUAGUCAGUUUGAUGGUGGUGUGUUUUCAAAUGAUUUCAUAAUAACUAAGACUGUUGAGUGUAACAUAUGGCUGAAUGGUUCAAUAUUAACUUCAUACCGCUCUGGUUCUUUGAGCAGGACAAAAAUGGCAUCAAAAUCCGUUACUAAAACAAUUUGUGAAGAUUUCCUGACAUGCAACAUAUGUUUCAAUAUUUAUGAACAACCAAAACUACUUCCUUGUGUUCACACGUAUUGCUCCGCUUGUUUAGAGAAAUUGUUGAAGAUCUCUGAUAAACGUGGCUCAAUAUUAUGUCCAGAAUGCAGAGGAUGUGUCACCUUACCAAAUAGAACAGUGUCUGACCUAAAAACAAACUUCUUAAUCAAUGGCCUCAUAGAUGUUCUGAAAGCGAAAACCGACCAAGACAGCAAAUGUACAACCUGUAAUCUGAGAGGAAUUACUUCACCUGCCAAAAGUCGCUGUCUGCAUUGUGGAGACUACUUAUGUCCAAGUUGUUCUGAUGGACACAAUGCUUCUUCCACGACUUGGAACCACAAGAAGGUUCUCCUGGAAGACAUCAAGACAGGAUCAUAUGAUACACAACUCAGGAAACUACACAAAUUAACCUGCUUAGAACACAAGGACAAGGACAUAGAGUAUUUCUGUCAGACCUGUGAAACACCUACAUGUCUGACCUGUAUUUUGGUUAAACAUCUUGAUCACAGAUUUCUAACAGUGUCUGAGGCAGUUGCCCUUCAGCGAGACCAACUUGUUUCAUGUGCUGUGAAAAUUAGUGGAAAAGUACAACACUUUGAAGCUGAAAAAGAAAUAGCGGCUGAAAAACGUUUCCCUUGUAAAGAAAAAUAAAGAAGAAGCUACAGCAAAUGUAGAAGACAAAGUAUCAAAUCUGUUGGACAGAAUACGACAUCAAAAGGAGAAUGUGUUAUAUUUGGUGAGCAAUAAAUGUAGUAGUGAAAAGAAGUACUACCAGGCACAAGUGAGAAACCUAAAUUUCAAAAUAUCGUUGUCUAUCAGCUGUUUGGAGUUUUGUAAGAAACUUAUAGAAGACGGCAGAGAAGGGGAGAUUAUGUAUCUAGAACAGGCAGUCACAAAACGUCUUCACGAACUAGCAGAAACACCUUCUUCUGCGAUAGUUUCAGAUAAAACACUGCUAUAUUACAAAGAUGAAAAUGGAUGUAAUCGUGAGUUAAAAGAGUCAAUACAAAACCGCGAGGAUUGUUCACAAGAUGAAUGUACAUCCAUUGUGGGAUCUAAAACACAGGUGACAGUUAAACCACAGUGUAAAAUAUCCUUGCAAUGUGUAAAACGUUUUAGCACGAUGUUCUCAAUCGAUAAAUACUGGCCAGUUGUUAAAGGAAUGGCAGUUUCCGAUAAAACCAUUUUGAUUUCAGACAACGCAAAUCACAAAAUCAAACACAUCUCUCUAACUGGGGUGUUAAAGUUCAGUGCUACCAGUGAAAAUAUUUCUCCAUAUGCAAUAGCUGUGUGUAAAGGAGUCCUUGGUGUCAUUCAUAAGAAUUAUCUUUAUUUAUUUAGCGAAGACAGAAAACUGAUGCAAAAGAUUUUGUUGUGUUCCAUGCUACCCAUUGAAAAAGACUUUACUGUAUGCCUAGCAAAUUACAGAGACGAAGGCUUCAUUGUAGGUUACGUGGGGUUCCAUGGUUUUAGAGUAUAUGAUACGUGUGGAAAACUAAUGAAAAAGAUACCAGUUCAACUUUCAUAUCCUCUUGCACACCUCAGCGUGACCGGAGAAGGAAAUUUCCUUGUCUGUGAAUGGAGAUGGGGAAAUAAGUCUGUUCGAGUUCUUACACCAGAAGGAGAGGAAGUUACUCGGUGUAAAGAAACACAGUUCUGGAGAGCGCACGCCGCGUGCGUUGAUAGAAAUGGUCUGAUUUAUGCUGUAGAUAUGUUUGCAUCCAGCAUAUGGGUGUUUGACAAGGCUGGCACUAGAUUACUUUGUUAUGCAGCAAAGCGAGAUGAAUUGACGAAUCCUGUGAAUCUUGCAUUUGAUGACGACGGUUUACUGUAUGUAGUAAACUACUGCGGAGACAUUAAUGUGUAUAAAACUGUUUUUAAAUAAAUAGUCAAGUGCAGGUUUACAAAUGAUCAAAUUUUAACUAUUGGUCAAUGUUUAGAUAGAAAAUGAAAACGACCAAUUAUAUUUUGGGAAAUCAUAACUGUUUUAGACUGAUGUUACUCAUUUGGACAUGAGCAAUGCUUUGUGAGUCAUUGUUACAGUACUGAUAAUACCAAGAGUACUAUGUGCCUAGAAAUCUAUUUUCGGACACAUACAUCAAUAUUUUUGAAACAAAUGAUAGUAAUAUGUAGGAUACUUCCAUGAAAACUGCAAAAUAAUAAAACGGUUUUGUGCGCAUAGUUUGCUGAAAAACAAUACAACUUAAUACUGACUUGGACUGUCUUAAAAACCAACACUAGUUUUGAACCGAGUUUGUGACAGUACACAAUCUUAACUACCGCUUAAAGUGUUUCUAUAUUUGUAGAAGUCACGGUGGCCGAGUAGAUAGGACGGAUACUUCCGGUUUGGGUUUUGAGAUGGAGGACACGUUUCACUUCGGCUCCCGUUUUGGAAAGUUUUAAAAAGUGUUUUUUAAUUGACAAGGUGUCUGAUUUCGGAUUAUUUUAAAAACCAGUGGAGAGUAGUCUGAGUGGAGAUAUGGAGAAGGAGGAUGUGAAGAAAUUGAUCUACAAGAAGGAAUGCACGGUCGUCGUUGAUGUCGGUGACAAUAGGAAGAUGGCGGCUGGCGACUUGAUACAAUUUCUUAGUGAGCAGGUUGGCGAUGUGAUUCAUGCAUGUGUACCAAAGGGACCUGGCAGGCAUGAAGUGACUGUGGAUGAUGUUGUGCAGGCGAGAAUCAUUUCGAAUAAUGAUUCCUUGGAAGUGAAUGGCAUGAAAAUGAAGACGAAGCUAUUACAUUCGGACAGUGUUGUUGUUUCCUUUUUGCACUUGCCAACAUAUAUUUCGGAUGACGAGAUAGAGGAAAGAUUGAAAUCGACGAACAUUGAGUUGAUAACGCCUAUUUAUAGGCGAUUCUACAAAGGUACUCACAAUGCGUAUGGAACCAGGUACGCGUGUGUUAAAUUUCCACCUGAUGUAAAGAGUUUACCUUAUUCGAUGACAUUUGACACUGUUGAAGGUGUGGAGUUUUUUCGUGUUUUGCAUGACAGUCAAAGUAUAGUGUGCUGUAACUGUAUGUCAGAUAGUCAAGCGAUUCGAGAUUGCCCUAAUAUCACUUGUUAUUUCUGCAAAGAGAUGGGACAUGUCGUCAGACAUUGUAAGAAAACCUUUCUGUGUCAAAAAUGUGGAAAUAGUUUUGAUGGGUGUGUAUGCAGUAUGAAUGAAUACGACAGCGAGCAUGUGGAUGACAGUGACAGCGACAGUACUGGUGAUGAUGGAAUGCAAGAAGAGACCCAGGCAAGCCAUGAACAAGUCAAAGUUAGCAAGCCUAUGAGGGGUAACCAAGCUGAGGGGAGAAAUGCUCACCAUGAUGCAACACAGAGUUCGUGAUUAAAGGCCCAGCGGAUGAUUCGAUUCGUGGUGUUGUACUAACCAGAAAACAAAAGAGAAAAGCUAUCCGUACAAAAGACGUGGAAGAGAGUGAAUGGACGAAGGAUGAAUGCGGGAAUGUGGUUAAAAUUUAAAAUGUUAUCAUGGUCUUAUUUAAUGGCCAUGUUUGUUACAAAAUACUUAGUUUUUUUCUCCCUUUUUGUUUUCUUUAAAUGUUAAUAGACUAAAUGGGAUUAAUUAAUUACAUUUAGUGUUUGUAAUUAUUUAAAAGUAAAUAUGCUUUAUUGUUUCUUUUUCUGCAUAAAUAUUUUGGAAUGAUAAUUUUAUUUUUAAUAUAUAACUACUUAUGGACGGGAAUGUCAAUUUAAAAUAGAAGAGGUGUGGAUAUUUUUGAUAUACAAUAAUAUUAAAUAUUGUUUAAUUAUAUAUCAUGGGUGGACCAGUUUCGAUGAGAAUAAGCAUUCGAUUCUAAAUCAUAUCAAUAUUUUUAAACAGACCGUUGUUAUGCAAAUAGCUACCUUUUUAUUAGUAUUUCUACGCUUUAAAUGAGCACUAAACUGGCCUCUAUGUAGCAAAGAUCACCGCACGUGCGUCAAAACCUGUAGCAUGCAUCAGCAGUAAAUAUUGUGAACUACGUACCUGUUUCGGUGAGUGAAACCUUCAGUGGUAUAGCUUACAGUCAAAACUUUCCAACACAAAACUUUUCAGUGUUCUAUUAAAACAUGUAUGUUGUUCUUAUAAUAAUUUAUAAAAAAAAUUUUAAAUAUUUUAAGACAAAAUGGAGUCCCCAAGAACCAAUGUUGAACAGACAUUUUAAGAAAACGAAUAUAACAUUUCUGAUGUCUUGCAAUUGUGUUAAAAGUUGAACAAAUUAAUAAUUAUAAUGGUAAAAUUGUUUGGUUAAAAAAUAUAAGCUGCAUUUUGAGUUUUAGUAAAUAUAUAACCAGAUAUCAAGAAAGAUUUUUAUGUUAAAACAUAUAAGGACCAUAUAUUUUUGGCAAGUAUCUGUAAAGUGAAUUUUUCCAGAAGACACCUUGACAAUCAUGUGACUUCAAAUAAUAAAAUAGCAGUACAGCUGAGAACAGACAAAAAAAAGUUUUAAAAAUAUGUUUUCUUUCAAAUAACAUAGAAAAUCAUAGAAAAAAGGUAGCAAGAAAUGUGCCGUGUUUAUGAGUGGGUUAAGUUCGAUCUUGCUUUCUUUGCUCGUUUUAACAUUAUUCCUUCGAACAUUUCUGUGAAUGUGACAGACAUUUGUUUACUUUCCCCAUGCAAAAGCCAACGACGUCAGAAAUCUUCAAAUGUACGUACUGUUGAGCACAAACGACGAAACCACCGAAAUAGGGCCCUCACCGAAACAGGGCGACGGACGAUAUAAGUUUAAUACCUGUGAUAUUAAAGGACGAUUUUAUUUUAAGAUGUGCAAAAAUUAUAUAUAUACUAUGUGAUGGACGUGUGAACAAUCCUUCUAAUAUUUAGGCAUAUAAAUAUUGUGUACUACCAA